AUGAUUGAGUACACGUACUUGGAGUGGGUGCUCGGCGGCAUCUUCGACAACCUGGCCGCGCAGGGCUAUCAAGGCCCAAGCCAUUCGGCCGAACACAUCCUGGACACCGUCGAGAGGGCGCACCGGAAGGCAGUGGCGAAGCACGAGGAAGUUUGGCAGUUUCUGCAGGACGUGCGCGACACCUUCUCCUCGUGCUGCUCCACGCCGGCCGAGACAGAGGAGAUCCGCUUCUAA